AUGGCGGCACCCUCCCACGUCCUCCCCUUCCUCUCCCCCGCCGGCGGGUGCGCCGCCUCCUCCGCCCGCGCCCGCUCCCACUCCCAGCCUGGCCGCCGCGCUGGCCUCCUGCGCUGCUCGGCCGCGGCCGGCCAGGCGGGCUUCUUCACCCGCCUCGGCCGCCUCAUCAAGGAGAAGGCCAAGAGCGACGUCGAGAAGCUCUUCUCCGGCUUCUCCAAGACCCGCGAGAACCUCUCCGUCGUCGACGAGCUCCUCACCUACUGGAACCUCGCCGACACCGACCGCGUCCUCGACGACCUCGAGGAGGCGCUGCUGGUCUCGGACUUCGGACCCAAAAUCUCGUUCCGGAUCGUCGACACGCUCCGCGAGGAGAUCCGCGACGGCAAGCUCAAGUCCGGCGCCGAGAUAAAGGCCGCGCUGAAAAGGUGCAUCCUGGAACUGCUGACGAGCAAGGGCGGCAACUCGGAGCUCAAUCUCGGCUUCAGGAAGCCGGCUGUCAUCAUGAUCGUGGGAGUGAAUGGCGGUGGAAAGACAACCUCACUAGGCAAGCUUGCUUAUAGGUUUAAGAACGAAGGAGUGAAGGUAUUGAUGGCAGCAGGUGAUACCUUCAGAGCAGCAGCUCGUGACCAGCUAGAAGUUUGGGCUGAGAGAACUGGUUCUGAGAUUGUCAUUGACAAUGAUAAGAAGGCACAGCCUCCAGCAGUUCUUUCGCAGGCAGUAAAGCGCGGGAAGCGUGAGGGGUUUGAUGUGGUUCUGUGUGAUACAUCAGGAAGACUUCAUACAAAUUACGGUUUGAUGGAAGAGCUGGUUUCUUGCAAAAAAGUCCUAGCUAAAGCGCUUCCUGGUGCUCCAAAUGAGAUUUUGCUGGUCCUUGAUGGAACGACUGGCUUGAACAUGUUACAGCAAGCAAGGGAGUUCAAUGAUGUUGUAGGAGUCACUGGAUUCAUCCUGACAAAGCUUGAUGGCACUGCGCGCGGUGGCUGUGUGGUUAGCGUUGUGGAUGAGCUUGGAAUCCCGGUGAAGUUUAUUGGGGUUGGUGAAGGGAUGGAAGACCUACAACCUUUUGACGCUGAGGCAUUUGUUGAAGCCAUUUUCCCAUGA